AUGUCUUCGUACCACAACAGCGCGCGCCUCAGCCAGGCCCGGAAGGUGGCUAUUUUCGGGGGCACGCACGGGAACGAGAUGUCCGGCGUCGCGCUCGUGAACCUGUGGACCAAAAACGGCGCCGAGAUCCAGAGGAGGGGAGUGGAGACCAAGCCUUUCGUGGCCAACCCGAAGGCUGUGGAGAAGUGCUGCAGAUACGUGGACACGGACCUGAACCGAGCCUUCACGCCGGAAAACCUCAGUGCACCGGGAGGCGACGACCUGCCCUACGAGGUGCAGAGAGCCCAGGAGAUCAACAGGAUGUUUGGACCCAAGGGAAGCCCGGAGGCCUAUGACGUGAUCUUUGACCUCCACAACACCACGUCCAACAUGGGCUGCACUCUGAUUUUGGAAAGUUCCAAAGACCACUUCAAUCUACAGAUGAUGAACUACAUAAAGAAAGCCAUGGCUCCUGCCAGCUGCCUGGUUCUGCUGAAUGAACACCCCCUCCUGAAAUAUUCCACUUCUCGCUCUGUGGCCAAGCACCCCGUUGGUCUGGAAGUUGGUCCCCAGCCACAAGGUGUUUUGAGGAGUAACAUCUUUGAAGCUAUGAGAGUGAUACUGAAACAUGCCCUGGACUUCAUUGAACUGUUUAAUGAAGGCAUGGAGUUUCCUCCCUGUACUGUGGAAGCCUUCCGGGUUUCUGAGCGGAUCGACUACCCCAGAGAUACCAACGGAAACAUCAUCGCCAUGGUCCACCCCAACCUGCAGGACUGUGACUGGGAGCCGCUGAACCCCGGUGACCCAAUGUUCCAAACGUUUGACGGGAAGACCAUCCACUACCAGGGAUCCGGCACCGUCUAUCCCACUUUUAUUAAUGAGGCGGCGUAUUAUGAGAAACAACAGGCGUUUGUAACCACCAGGAGGGAAACGUUGGUUGCCAGUGCCAUCAGAAAAGCAUGA